AUGUUUGCCUACGGCUCCCUCGACAGUCUUGGCGGCGCAGCACACGCCAUCCGGCUCUUGACCAUACUGCCAUCCGGCGCGGAUGGCCCUGUUGAAUGCCGGCUCGACUGCCAUAGGAUAUUCGUGGAUGAAAGAACGAGAGCUUGUGGUGGAAUUGAUAUUUAUGAGCUAUCUCGCACGAUAGGAAGAUUCCCUAAAUACGAGGCCCUCUCCUACGUAUGGGGUAGUAUCCAUGAACAGGCUAAUAUCACCGUCAAUGGCCAGCCCCAUCGCGUCACAAGACGCUUGGAGGCUGCGCUGAGGGACCUGAGAAAUGAGGACGAGGAGAGGACGAUGUGGAUCGAUGCACUGUGCAUUGAUCAGGCGAACGCACCAGAGAAAAGCGUACAAAUUCUUCUUAUGAGUCGGAUAUAUGAGGCCGCCUACCGGGUUAUAGCUUGGCUUGGUCCGAGCAGUCCGAUUGGAGACUUGGCGGUGGAAGUUGUGAAGCAGGUCGGUGGUUCCGACGAUGUUCUCACGGAGGGGUUUGAUGACGGCGUCAGCCCGGUUCGGAUGGUCCCAAAGGUACUAGAUGACGCUCCGUCGCUGAGCAGCAUCGUCUUCGAGAACGGGGACAGAUGGGAAGCUCUGAGACGGGUCUUUGAGAACCCCUGGUGGAAGCGAGCUUGGAUCAUCCAGGAGGGGACCCAUGCAGAUGAUCUGAGGUUCCAAGUUGGGCGAGAGACGUUCGGCGUAGACAGCCUGUCGAAUAUUAUCAGCAGUCGGGACUAUCGAAUGGUUGAUUACGGGGAGCUUGAUAUGGAAGCUCUAUGCCAGCCUCUGACUGCACUCAUGCACGAACGGAGUCUCCGACGAAACGAUGAUUACCACGCAGGAUUCCGGCAGUCAGCUUCUCUAAUGAAAUUGCUCUCCAGAUUCGACUAUAGCGAGUCCAGCGAUCCGAGAGACAAGAUCUAUGCACUUCUAAACUUGUGCGACUUGGAUCAGAUAGACAUCACGCCUGAUUAUGCAAGGUCGGUGCAGCAGGUCUACCAGGACACCGCGAUCGCAAUCAUCCGGAAGGAAAAGUCACUCAACAUCCUCAAUGACGUACGUCGUUCGAUGAAAGCCUCAAGUGUAUCAGCAAGUCUCUCGUCUUGGGUACCAGAUUUCUCGGUGCCUGCAGCUAUAACCCCCGUUGUGUUGUCAUCGAGCCAACGGGCUGGGUCCUUUCGUGCUGCAGGUGAUACGGAAGCCGGCUACACGUAUACGGAUGAAAACGACAGCACGUUAGGGCAACUGCAGGUUUUGGGAUAUAGUUUCGACGUAAUAUCUGAAACCUUUGCUUGCCCACCAGAAGAGUCCUUUCAAGACGACUCGUGGGCGAGUAUUGUCCGUGAGUGGGCUUUGGCCGCGCGUCACGGUGCGUAUCCCACGGGUGAGAGCUAUGAAGACGCAAUUUGCCGUACACUUCUCCAAGAUCGAAUACGGUCUGCCAAGGAGCGGAUCACCGAUGAUGAUUUUGCGCGACUGAAGAAGUCCUUCUCUGCUUGGGUUUAUAACGAAAACAUAAACGUCCCCGCUCUGAAGGAAGAAAACAAGGCGAAAGGCUCUUCUCACGAUCAAGCAAAGGAGCCCCAGACGCUCGAAGAACGUUGGAAACGAUCAAUGUAUAGUUCCGUUACCGAGGGUAGGGAUAGUUCAGAUUUCAAGAAGUUCUUGUUUCAAAAAUGGGAGAUGGAGGACACUCGCCGCCGGGAACGGGCCGAGCUGGCGGAGAGAUUUCUAGAGCGCUCUUUUCUUGACCACGUCAAGCCUCGGUUAAUGGGCUGGAAAAUGGCAUGUUCGGCAAAAGGCUAUGUGGCUUUGGUCCCUUUUGAUUGCCAGGUGGGAGACAUGCUGGCUGUAUUUGCAGGCUUGAGCGUCCCGGUGGUGGUUCGCAGACUGGAGCCAGGAGAGGACAAGUUUCUCGGCACCUGCUAUGUACACGGGAUUAUGGAUGCUAAUUCGCAAGUUUUAGAAGGGCUAAAGGAGAAAAGUGAAGUAUUUGCGUUGAUUUGA